UGUUGUUUCCAUGAGCCAAGGCCAUAAAAUAUUAAUUAUGCGCUUCUAUUCUUAGAGUCACAGAAGUUUCCGGAGGCUGCGUGUAGGGAGGAUAGUGCGGGGUUUCUGUUCUGGGGGACAAGAGUGAACGUGCCUAAGUCCCUGUGUGUGCAAACAUGUGCUCUCUGCUUAUGAAUUUGAUUUUAAGAUAUUAAGAAACAGCAUUUUUCCCCAAAGUCGUAAAGACAUAAGAACAGCUGUCUAACUUUUUCCCUGGGCCCUUUGGAAUUGUUCGCCAGAACUCUUCCACCUGUCACCCUGAUAACCUGGCCCACCUGUACUAAGAGGUCACCAGGCCCUGGAGCCUUCUUUAGGAGUUGGGGGUCGAAUGGGCUAACUUUGUACCUUUUUGUGAGCCUUGGUGGCGGGACACUAGGGAUGCUUGUGAACCCUCACUUUUGCUUUAGCACAGACCUACCGGGACCUAUCCACCUUAAAUGUCAUUUACGGAGCUGUUACGGGAAACGGGGACAUGUGUCAACCACAUCUGCUACUUCUAGUUAACAGGAAAAAAGUCCCGUGCAAGAGCCUGCAAAAUUGAACUCCUCUGGCCACAGCAUCUCUAAUUAAUGCAACUGCAAAGAGAAAGUUUUCACACUUCCAGAACAGUCUGUGAAGUUACAUUAAUUAGUUUAGCAGCCAUUGUUUGUACUCUGCUUAGCUAGGGUUUUCUCGCUCCUCCUCCCUGGAAGUUUAAGAAAUCAACGUCUUCUCUCCUCCCCAAUUGGGGGAGGGGAGAAGAGGCUGGUGUAGACAGGAUAAAAUAAAAUAAAUUCUAGCUCGGUGCCCCACUUCUCCAACUGUCCGGUGCCUUGCCUUACUUCUACUCUUGCUGGAACAUCUACAACAAUUGGAGUCAAAGAACUCCCUAAGGCUAGUUCUGCUCAAUUCUCUCUUCUCCCCAACUCUCCCUUCCCUGGGAAAGUCCGUGGCCCGGACACUGGCACACGCGGAGACCAGACCAAAGUCCACUUGGAGCCUGGCACUUUAUUUCUAAAGUUUGUCUGGAAGUGUACGGUUUCCCAGAGCUCUUUCCACGCUCUUUCCCGGGUUCCCCAUCCUGUCGCAUGAAUCUCACACCCUCCCCGGAAGUUUUAUCUCGGGGAAGGGGUGGUAGGUCACACCCGAAUCCUGGCCCCAGGCCUGAUACUCCAGGAGCUGGCGGCCGACUCCUGGAAGGUAAACUAAGAGUCCCGAGCUGGAGAAGGAACUCAUCUUUAAUGACAGGGUUGUUUUUUUAAAGCAAACAAACUUUUACUGCUCUUUGCCGGCCCACUGUUUGAAGUCUGUGAAGCAGAAAAUGGUUAAAUUCUUAGCGCAGUCGACCUACAGCAGAGCAGCAAGUUCAGUGGGCCAGGGCUGGCUCAGGUUUUCGUCUUUUCAGGACAGAAUUUUGUGCGUUCUUUCGGCUCGCGGGCCUGAUUCAUUAAUGGUGAGAGAAAAAAAAAAAAAAAAACCUACCACCAAUAAACUAGAGUCUCGCCUGCUCUGGCAUUUUCCUCAAAUCUCCCUUCUAAGUAGUAAGAAGAGGAGCGAGAGAGUGAGAGACAGAGAGAGAGAAAGAAAAAAAGACCAAAAUGUUUCUCAAAUGGCAAUAGACCUCACUACAAAUUAUUCAUGAAGACAGUUCUCGAUUCAACAGGAAAAUAAUUGCCUUUUCAAAUAUUAAUGGCGUUUCAUUUCCUCGAGUCGCGGAAGCGGCAAACAGGAACAAAAUUCUCAGGAGCUGAGAUUCUCCCUGACCUGAAUCCCGGGUCUGGCUUUGGAGGCGACUGUCAGCACCGAAAGGUUUCACUUUGUGGCGGUCACAGCGAUCCCGGAACAAUGGUGCCUCAGGGAGGGUGGCGCGGGCCAGCUACAGCUCUCUGCCUGGCCACUGCCGCCAAGCUCCUCUCCCGGGACCUCUCGGCCGGGAGCUCGCCACACCUUCCCCGGCGUCUGAUAGCGAGUCAGUGCUGGGGAUCCAAGGUAGAGGAGAAGAGACCGCGCCGGGGCGCAGUCGCCGGGACAACCAGAUCCAGCUACAAGUGCGAGAAAAUGGCGCUGGCCCAGCUGCCCCGAGCUUCCGAACUUUGUCGUGCGGGCUCCGCGCAGAGUCGGAGAGGCCUUUCCCGGCUGCGGAACCUCUAGGAGGAGAAUCUGGGUCUUUUACAGCUCAGCCAGGCCUAGGACGUUCCGAGCGGGCUGCGGGGGCCUAGCCAACUCUGCCUUUCCACAUUCACCCACCCACCCAGGGCUCAGCGCAGGGAGCUGAAGGGAGGGGGCAUCGCAGCCCCGGAUCCCAGCCCCUUCCAGGCCUAUCUUGGCCGACCAGUCGCCCUCCAGUCUGCGGAUCCCGGCCUGGCCUGACAGCAGCCGCUGUUCUCUUCCCGAAGCCGCAGCGCUCAAGGGCGUGGUUGCAGUAGAGACCUUGGAUCCCGCUCAGCCUGUGGGGAGCCUACCGCGCCAACCCCUCCUCUUAGGCCUGAGAGGCCCGACAGCCAGGUGGGGGUGGUCUGGGGAGCCUGGUCUACUUCGCAAGUCAGUUUGGACUGGGAGGGCCAGCUGCCCACAGCUCGGUCUCCGGGAGGCCUCUGGAGCGCCGUAAUAAAAUAUUAUUGCCGGCGCGAGUAUCUGGAGGGAUCCCGGAAGGUUUAGGCAAGAUUUGAAGAAUGCUGCUAAAUGUUUGCCCUCAGGGGGUAGAAAGGAAGAGGGAGGGGGCUCCAUAUCCUGUAAAAAUCUCCUCUGAAGUGAAUCAUUGCUCAGAAUACCUUUCCCUGCCGCAUGAAUCCACAUUAUGCACAUACUAUGUGCAUCGGUUGCGCAUCCUUAAAUUAUUUCAUCGCUUUGGCGUUUGCACAAAACCUACUUUAGGAAACAAUUUGAGCCAGGAUGGGGGUGGGGAGGGAUGAACGGCUGUGCAGGGUAGCGGCAGAGACGUUUGGCUGAAACAGCCACUUUAAAUCCAGCAGAUGUGAGCUCCCCGGUUAAUAUAUUUCCGAGCAGACGUGCUUCUUGUUCCAAGCGGAGAAAAUUUGGAGGAAACAACCCGAAUGGAUCAGGAUUUCCGAGGAUGGAAACUCGACUAAGAUGGAGUCACUGUCGCUCCUCCUCCAUGCCCUCCCCCAGAGCCCAGACGGGGAAGGCGGGGGAGCGAUGGAGGCGCUCGGGAGAGGGCGCCCGGGGCGCUCUCUGCGCAAGGGAAAGGGGUGCUCGACCUGAGGCGCCAUGGAAAGGGAUUUCUGAAAAUCUUUUGUAGUCGUUUUCCAGAAAAUGAGAGACUAAUGGGGGAGGGUGGCGAGCACCUGAAGGGAACAUGAUCCGCGAGCACUAAUGUCUCUGCGUUGCCUCCGCCAGG